UGACAAUCUAUCGUGGUGGAACAAAGUCAAGUGAAAAGAGAGGAUUUCACUAUCACUCUCUCAGCACUUUCAUAUACACAUUCCUGGCUAAGGAAUUUUGCAAAAAAAAUCAUUGUCAAAUGCUGAUUGAGAAAAUACAAAUCAGUGUAUAAAAUUUGUUUUCCUUACAUUGACUUUUUGGGUGUCUGUCAACCGUGAAAAUCGUCUGACACUUAGGCUAAGAGAGUGUCCACAAAAAGUGGAAGUGCUGGAAAGGUGUUUUUCAUUGGAGAGAAGACGAAAAAACGCAAUUGUAAUAAAGGAAAUUGCCUCAUUCGGUGGCACCAAGGGUCAUUUUCCUGCAUUUAGUGCGUGUGAUGGAAUUGAGGGCGAUUAACAAUAUAAGUUCGUCACUCCCGCAGGAGGGAAAACAUUAGGCAGAAUACACGACAUAGUGUUUGGGAACAAGGAAAAAUCAAUAUCUGGAAGUUCCAGUGUAGUUACGUAUGUUGUCUGCGCUCGUAUUGGUACGUCUCCACUUCGCAGCUCACCGCAAAAUACGUGCAAAGUGAACGUGAAAUCUAAAGUCACACGACGAAUAUCUUAUCGUUGAAACUGAUAAGAGGAGUGGUGAAUGUAAAGAGUUAGUCUUGAACAAUACACCGCUGGUAUUUCACCAAGUUUCAGUUCCUUGGUCACAUGGAGAAGCUCCGUGUUGAGUGCGAAAAGUGCCAUUGUUCUAGCAACAUCUACAUAUAAUUUCAAGGCCAUUAUAAAGGAUAUCAAUAUGCUUUCAGUGUCUGAUAGGAUAAAAUUGUGGUCUAAUAAGAAAACGCUGAUAUCGGCGGCGCCGAGUCUAGACACUGCAAACAAAUCGAAUGGCUCAAAGUCCUCUAACGACAAGGGGGAGAAUGACGAGGGAUCAAAUGCCACCAAAAGGAGUUUAGUGCAGUUGCGUCGCGAUGGACCGCUCAAUCAGUGCAUCAAUGAGUUGUCGUCAAGAAAGUGCUUCAGUGAAGUGCCACAGGAAGUGCGUGAUGGCCAAGAGAGUGUGGCAAGUCCCACUAAAUCGCGUAGGAAUAGUCAGAAUGAUGCACUUCCUGCCACACCCUCACACUUUGUCACUGUUAUCGAGGUGAAGGAGACAAAGCCAAUCGAUUCAGUGUCAUCUGCUCCCGUGGCGACAGCCGAGGAAGAUUGCGAUGAUAUCGCUGAGGAGACGGCAGUUGUGACGAGAGAGAGUUCGGGUGGUGAUGAGUUGAGCAGCAGGAGCUCCUUCCUAGGUGACGGAAGGAGUGUGGACGCUGGCGAGGGGACCUUCUUGGACAAGAAGUUCAAACCGACGCUGCCGCCUGGAUUACCGCAGGAUGUGAAGAAGAAAGUUCCGCCUCGACCACCUCCGAAAUUUAUUCGCCGAGCGGCCCCAGUUGAUCCACCCACAGUGCCAGGAACUGCUUCGGUGGUCGCGAGAAAGAGUGCAGACUCAGACAGUCCAUCUAGUUCCCUGGAGCGGAAUAUCAAGCCAUCGGACAUUCAGCGGCAAAAAUCAUCAGAUUCGGUGGAUGUAAAGCUGGCAAAGGUAGAUGGCAGGAAGAUUAAGUCAGAAAAUUACGAGAAAACCCGCCUUGCGUCUGAGUCGAUCAGAAGUAGCAGCUCGCAGAGUCCCACUGGAUCUCUGAACACACAAGCUGCACAUGUGACAACAACCGCAUCGAGUGGCGGCUCACCGACUGGGAGUCUUGAAAAAGUGCCGGAAAAUCGGACGACCGACAGUCCCACUGGGAGUCUGGAGAAGAUCAAUGCCCGAGCUAAUGAUAAUCAACAGAAUGUCGGCUCCAAGGAAUCCCUGGCGUCACAGGGGGCAAUUUCCGAAAGGAUAAAGAGCUACGAGUCCAUUUCGUCACUGAGUUCGGAUAGCAUGAAGGCCGGUGGGCCGUUGCUGGACAAUGAGCCAUAUUAUGACACUGUGCCGAUGGACAAUGGUGACGGUGACUAUGUGUACAUCCAAUCGGGCGGCGGUGGGACGACGGACAGUGGUGGCAAGGGUGCUGGCUCAACAUCAAGCAGAGAUGAUAUCUCAACGGCGGGUAGCACGCUGCCGAUGCCGGCAUAUCCGCGAAGUCAGAACAGUAGUCAGGCGAGUGUUCAUGUUGAGCCAGAAUCUCCGGGCAAGAGUUCCAACUACGUCAACAUAAACUACUUCCUAAUGCAGAACCACGAGACGCGCAGUAGCUCCAUCGACAGUGACGAGGAGGGUGAUCAGCCACCACUCAUGCGUGCAAUAUCGCACGAUGAUAAUCCAAAUACGCCGGGAGCAUUUAGAAAAUUGCAGUCUGGGGCCAAUAGGAACACAACAGUUCGCCAAAUAAUUUCCAGUAUUAUAACAAGUGAGACAUUCUAUGUGGAGUGCUUGGGCAAGAUGAUGCAGUAUAUGAAGGCGAUAAAGGCCACAUUGACCACUUCUCAGCCUGUGAUAAGUGACGAAGAGUUUCAGACGAUGUUCUUCAAGAUUGAAGAACUGCAUGCCGUUCACACGGAUUUUCUGGCUGAGUUGCGCGCGAAGGCGGCACAGCAGGAGGAUGAUAUUUGCAUUGGUGAUACCUUUAAGAAGAUGGCCGGCUACAUAAAUCUUUACGGGGCAUUUCUGCACAAUUAUGGUCGAGCAAUUGACACUGUGAAGAAGUGUGGACAUAAUAAUACGCAGUUCAAGGAGAUUGUCUCACGGAUUGUGCUCAAUUCGAAAAAUGAACAGUCUUUGCCACUGGAGGAUUUGCUGCACAAGCCGGUGGCGCGUGUGCAGAAGAAUGCACUGGUGUUGGAGGACUUGCUCAAUCAGACACCGCCGACACAUGUUGAUCAUCCGCCACUGAAACAGGCGCAGCAUGUCAUUCGCAAUCUACUCUCUGAGUUUAAUGUUAUUCAGACGAAGAGACUGUUGUCGGACGACAAAACCUUAAGGCGUUUUGUGAAGCACUCGACGAUCGUGGAAUUGGUGGAUGCACACCGGAAAGUACGUCACUUAUUCCUGUUCAACGACGUGAUUACAUGUGCCAAAGCUAUCAAAGCUCAGCGGCAGACGAGCUUUGAGUUCGAGGUGAAGUGGUACAUUCUCUUGAAGGACAUUUGUGUAUUGCGGGAGUCACAAUGUGAUCACAAAGAGGUGAAUCCGGUUAACAUUUUGCAAUUGAAAUCGCAAGCGUGUACUGUGCGUGAUCUAAUACAAAUGGAGAAGCAUGACGAGAAAAUGAGAGGAAAGGGUAAUGCAUCAAAAGUCAGUGAUAAGCAUAAGAAGAAACUGGCGGAUCUGGAGAAGCAAUUGUUCUUGGCCUCACCGAAUUUGGUGUUUAGACUGAGCAAUAGAGCCACCAACAAGACGAUGGUCUUUUUUCUGAGCUCAGACUUUGAGCGAACACAGUGGAUUGAGUCAAUUCUCACGCUGCAAGAGUCGUGCAAUCUGCCAGGUGUGCAGCCAAUGGUGAAUAUUGAUGAAAUUCAGAUGAGCAUUGCGGCAUGCCAGACAAUCCUGCAGAGCGAAGCGGGAUCGCCGUAUUCCAUGCUGAGGAAUAACGAUGACAGUCUUCUGUUUGGGGAUCUUCACCUGACCAUUCAGGGAUUGACAGGACUGAAUCAUGCCUCUGACCUUUUCAUUUGUGUAGAAAUUGACUCGUACAGCCACUAUUUUCGUAAAGCAAAGACUAAACUCAUCUGUCGUAGCUCAAGUCCACUUUGGAAUGAGUCAUUUGUAAUGGAACUUGAAGGAAGUCAAAAUGUCCGAUUUCUCCUCUAUGAGGAUCACGAACAGCAAGCGAGACUGUUGGCGCAUCACGUACUCCCGCUAAACCGAUUGUGGCUUCAAGAUGUACCAACUAACAAAACCCUCCAUUUGUCUGAAUCCAUAACACUCAAUACCACCAUUAAAUUCCUCCCCGACGAGGGAUCGCAUAGGCGAGUGCCAACCUCAAAGCCAGGCGCGCUCUUUGGCUCGAAGAUGCUUCAAGUCGUGAAGAGAGAAAAGCGCAAUACACCCUUUAUCAUCAGUGCCUGCAUACGUGAAGUGGAGCGACGUGGCAUGGCUGAGGUGGGCAUUUAUCGUGUCAGUGGAUCAGCGUCUGACUUGACGAAGCUCAAGAAGUCGUUUGAAACAAAUCCAUAUGAAGCGGAACAGCUUCUCAAGGAGGUGGACAUUCAUUCCGUGACAGGAAUUCUCAAAUCAUAUCUGAGGGAACUUCCUGAGGCGCUCUUCACUGAUCAAUACUAUCCAAAACUUUCAGAGACGUACAAUAAGUACAGUAACUUCAAUGAGGCGGAGAGGAGUAAAGAACUACUAACAAUCUUCAGUGAGCUUCCGCCACCAAAUAAGGAUACAAUUAACUUCAUCCUGGAUCAUUUGAUAAGAGUGCAUCAGCAGGAGGCGGAGAAUAAAAUGUCUCUGCACAACUUGGCGAUGGUCUUCGGUCCGACGCUAUUGCGGCCUGGACCGGCGACGGGCAAGCAGAGGGACGGCUUGGAGACGAGCACAGUGGGCGUUAUGGCACAGGCGGGCAUCCUGUACAGCUUCCUCCAAGCACGCCUCAAGUGAUCAAUCCACAUUCAAGCAUAUUCUCAAUGAUUUUUAUGCCUUUUUGUAUACAAUGUUUUAUAUAUUGGAGAAUAUAUUUAUUUUACCUGUAGAUUUUAGGCAUAAGUUUUCUCAUUACGAUUAGAAUUCAUCGAAUUAUUUAUAAGGAUAAGCGUGAGAGGAGAUUUUUCGUGCACUGUUUGUCAUCGAGUCUUCAAUUUCAGAAACAUCAGUUUAACAUACUAAAUAUCAUAUAACCUUAGAAAUGAUGAGCAUUCAAGACAGAGGGAAUCAUAAUUUUAUCUUAGACGCAAAGUAUUUAUUUUAAGCAAGAAAUCUUCCUAAUUCCAACUGAUCUUUCUCAUUUCUGUAAUUAUCCACGAAUGUUGAAACAAAUGUGUUUUGUAGAAAAAAGACUUUCUUCGACUUGUAAUUUUAGUUUGGAUGAGGCCACAAAAAACACCUCAAAGAAUAAAUCCAUCAAAUGGACACGAGCGAGAUGUUAAAGACACAAGACUUUAUAUUACCGCAGCCUCGUCCAAAGAAAGGGAAAUAUCACGAAAAGAAUUGAAAAAGGAAACUGAAAAGAAAAAAAACCUACAUCUAGUCACGGAUUUACACAUGUUGAUUUUUUAUGUAACCUUUUUUCAUAAAAUUUCAUUAUAUUGAAGGCAAAAUCACACAAGUAAAGGGUAGAAAUAUAGAAGAUAUUGUAAUGUUAGACAAGCAUGAAUGACUAAUAAUAAUUACUACUCACUGAAUAGUAAUAUAGUAAAUAUCAUUACAUUUAUAGAGUUAUUUUUGGCAAUUUCGGCAAAAUUGAACAUCGUAGAACAAUAUUGUGCAAAACAGUUACUAAAUCUUUAAUAAAUGAACAAGAGUAUUUUGCAAAUUCAGA